AUGGGCCUGACAUCCUAUUGGUAUAACGAAGACAAAGGAAUAUAUCAAAGAAGUAUCGCAUCCUGCACAGUGGUUAUUAGUGUGAACAUUUUGGCCUCCAUCGUUUUAAUUGAGGUUCUAAUUGAUUAUUCGGAAAUCUACGAGAAUGUGGAGGAACGUCAUCGCCUUAUGGUCAUUAUGUCUUCAUUUAAAUAUCUUCAAGGUGUGUUGUUGUUAAAUACCGUUUGGCAUCUGUUGCGACAGGAUAAAAAAUAUACCGAUUUGAAAUGGCAUAUUGAGCGGUUGGAGGAGCAAAGCCGCAAACACUUUUCUAAAUCUCAAGAUAUUGAAAAGAAAUUUAAAUUCCUAGCCUAUUUGAAAUAUUCGAUUAUGUUGUACCUCUAUGGAUCGGUGUUGAUAACCAGUUAUACCCUUAUGUCGCCACAAAGGAAUUUGUGGAUGUGGGUCAUCCUCAAGACAUUCCUGCAUACGAAUCAGCAAUAUCUCACCUAUUUGAUACUCUAUCAAUAUUUUCAAUUAUUUUGGAAAUCGAAUCGGAUGUAUGCCUAUAUUGAACGGCAAGUAGGCCUUCUAGCAAAUGAAGCCUCAGAUGAGCUGCCAUCCUUGAUACGUGUGAAAUUAUCCUGGCUAAUGGAAUUGCAUUCAAAAUUCGGUUCAGAUUUGAGAGAUUUGGAACUCCUAUUCAAAUCUGCAAUUUUUCAAUGCCGCUACAAUAUCAACCUGUAUAAUAUCAUUGCGGUAUAUUAUGUAUAUCUAUUUUCGGUAUAUAUAAAGGAUGCCGUGGCCUUUCUAGGCCUGGUGGUUGCCACAUAUUUCUGCAAUCAUUUGGAUUUAUAUCUGAAUGAUAAUAUGACGGAUAUAACAAAGCAACAUUUUGAAAAUUUAAAUAUUAAUCUGAGGCUUUUCAAUGGCGUUCGAAAUUCCGCAGCUAAACUUAAUAGAGAGUGUGAAGAAUUUGCCAUAUACCUUUGUAAUCGUAAGCUGAAUUUGAAGCUGUCUGGAGCCCUUAAUAUGGAUCGAAAAUCAUGGUUCAACAUGAUGUCCCGUUUGGUUAUGUAUUCGAUAAUAUUAAUACAGAGUCAUAUAAAUAUAGAUCGGCAUAAAUAA